UGCUUUUCUUCCGUAGUGCUUCAUAUCUCUUAGAAAAAAGAAAUCAUAUCAGGAGAGCCCUCUUACCUUCUAUUGUUAAUCUGUUCAUCUUCCCCCUUCUUCAGCCAACGUGAUUAAGGAGGAGAGGCAUUAAAGAUGAAGUUAACGACGGCCGGAAAGUUGAAAAAGAAGCGGUUGUCCACCGAGGAGCUCGGUAAAGUGGAACCAUCUCAGCCGUCCCAUUUAUCUCCUCCAGUCUCCCAGCCUGCCUCCUCCCUUGGAAAGGCUAAGGCUGAGGCUGAGGCUGAGGCUGAGCUAGUUCAAAGUAGCCAGCGAUGCCGGUCGCUCUCCAAGGACUCAGAGUCCCUAGAGGUUGCUCCCGCAGAACCUCCAACAAACUUGGCGCAGAGUCCCCAGCCCUCAACCACCACUAGUGGGCCUCCUCGGUCAGAUAUGAGAUCGCGUUGUCUCAAAUUACUGAAGGAGAAGGCAUCAGCCUUCAGCGCGAAGAUCCCCGCGUCUUCGCAGAGUAUGCCGCCACCUGAAGCUUGGCCGAGUUUGGUUACGCCAUGCGUAGUAUGUCAACGACGGAGUUGGAGAAAUACGAAUAUUCCUUACUGUCUCAGUUAUUGGUGUGCAAUUGGGAAUUGAUGGAGCGGAUUAAGCGUCUCAGUGCAGAUUAUGCCGAGUCCCAAGCUCAAGAGACUAAGCUACGGUCCUUGGCUGAGUCCUGGGAAAAGGAGGCUAAGGCAGUCAAAGCUGAAAAAUCGUACCUCUCUGAGCAGAUGACUAAGGUCCUAAUUGAACUAGAUAAGAGCAAGGCUGAAUCGGAGGAGACUCGAUCCAAGGUGGAAGGGGUAAGCUCUAUGCUAGAGGGAGCCAUGACCAAGCUGGAGGGGGCGAGAACUGAGUUGCAAUUGGUUGCGAAGGAGAAGGCAUCUCUCGCAGUCAAGUUAGAGUGGUACGAGGGGGAUGAGUUGGCUGACGAAAUGUAGUCGAAUCAGGUGGAUGACCCUUUUUGUGUCUCCUGAUCGCCAUCCAAGCUAUUGUGUCUUAUUUUGAAUUCUAUUUUGAAAAGGUGAGGGCUAUCGAUGUCCAAUUGUAUAUUUGUAUUUCCGUGAUUUAA